AAACCCAGGAAAAGGAUGAAUGUGGUUUGUAAUUUCCAAGUCUACGCCACGCCUUCAAGUUUGAAGGAAAGAAAGAGAGAGAAAGAGAAGAGGGAGAUAGAGAGAGGAAGUCAGAGAGACAGAGAAAAACUCAUACUCUACCUCUCUUCGUCACUGCUGAAAUUCCGAUGUGAAUUUUGGGGUUCGAUCAGUCGGAGGAAUUGUGUGUUUGUUCGGUCAGAGAUGAUGUUUGGCUUGGGGGUUUUGGGUAGUGGAGGAUCAUCUUCUUCUUCUUCUUCUUCUUCUUCAUCGUCGUCCAAUUUAUCGCCUUUGGCACCACCCUUUACUGUUGAUCGCUUCAAUCAUUCAAAACCCAAUUCCAAUCCGCUCUUGCCUUUAAAUGACUCGUCUUAUAAUAUGCUCUUUAGCCAGUCUUGGCAAUACGCCAACCCCUCUGCUUCUAGCCCAGGCUUCUUACCAAAACCGGAACUGGGUGCUGAUUCUAUGAGGACUACUUCGGUGCCUUUAGCAGCUGAAGAAAACUCGGUUCCACAGUCUGUGAAACCCAGUAGUCCCUAUUGGUCCACUCAAACCCUGGAGGCUAAUCCUCUGAUGGAUGCAUUUUCAUAUGUAUCUGAAGGCAGGCCUUAUUAUCCUCCUUAUACAUCUCCGGUGGUUGGUGACAAUACCCCCUUGUUGGCCAUAAAUGAACCUCAUCCUGAUUUGUUGCCUACUUCUAGUGUUGUACCGGGAAAUGUAUCAUCUCAAGUUGAUUAUACACAGAGUUUGGCCGGUUUGCAAUACUCUGCACCACAUUCAACUGGUGUUUGGAAUGGACUCACUGAUCAGAUGCAGGGGAAAAAGAUGGAAGUUAGUGGAAAUUUAUCUCUUGAGAAUGCAACUGCUGGUUGUUCAAAUCUUUUAAAAAAUUCUAUGAACCAAGGAGUUCAUUCCCUUCACUGUGGAAACAAAAAUCAAGAUAAUUCUGGCACUUUUUGUGGGAAUUUUACUGAAAGGGAAACACAUGAUGGAUUUCUGAAGAUGGGACAUGUGACAGACAAGUCAUAUCUUGUUCAAGAGCUAGGCUUCUACCCUUCUAUGUUUUCAACAUCUUCUGAAUUGCAUUCAGUUGGCCAAUCAAUGGAAUCGCCUACGGAUUUCAGGAACUAUAAGAAACCUUACAAUCCUUAUGAAAAAUGCAUCCAGCCACCUGAUUCCUACAAAUGUGAUAAUGUACCAGCACCUAAAUCCUCAACUACAGUGGUCAUUAGGCCACCAACUGCAGGCAAUAUUUCCUCAAUAAAAAAAGGCAGUUCUCACAAAACUGGAGAUGGUGGCAAAUUUGCAGCAAUUCAAAUUGAUGGAUUGGGUAGCCAUGAUCCCUUGAAGGGAGGACUUUUCCAGCCAGCAAAUUCUACAGAAAAAGGUGUUUAUUUGAACUGUAAUCAACUUAAUGUGCACAAAGAUGAUGAUCGUAGCUUCUGCAAUGUUUCAUGGUCUUUAAAGGAAAACCUGUCAUGCCAGUCCCCUGCUAAUGAUGCCUUUAAACAAACCAUUGAGUCAAGCCCUGGAUCGCAGGUUACUUUUACAAAAGUCUUGGAUGAUAUUUCUUUGGCUAGCAAUAGUAUCCAAGCUGUUCGGUACACUGAGAGUUAUUCAGAUGGUGUAGAUCCUCAUAAUCCAAAUGUUGAUUCACCUUGCUGGAAAGGAGCUCCGGCAUCUCGCACUUCUCCUUUUGAAGUUGAAGCUGCAUCUCCACCCCAAGGGAAUCAUCAGUUUCCUCUUGAUGUAUCUACAAAUGCCACUUCUCAUUUAUUAUGUGAAAGCAAUGUGCACAAUGAGAAUGAAUCUGCUGUAAAUUUUAUGGCAAUUCCUUCUAAGAGUCCUGCAAUUGAAAAUUACACUGCUAAAGAACAUCUGUCAUCUGAUGCUGGAAAAGCAGAACUGGAUCUCCCAACUCUGAGCAGCAGCAAAGGUGUUCAAAUUUCUCUUGACCUAAGUAACUCCGGGAAACUCAGUUUUGGAGAUAGUGUUGAUGCUGUGCUCAACAUCAAUGAUGCCUCAGAAGGUUGCACCGUUGCUCUUCAUGCUGCAGAGAAAGUUCUAAACUCACCAAGUUCUCAGGAAGAUUUUGAACAUACUCAGACGUAUGGAAGGUUAUCAAAUCCAAAAAUGGAUGUUCAAACACUGGUUAUGGCUAUACAUAACCUCUCAGAGUUGCUUCAAUUUCAUUGUUCAACUGAUGCAUGUACACUGAGGGAGCAAGAUCAUCAGGCCUUAAAAUAUGCGAUCAGUAACCUCAGUGCUUGUAUCCCUAAGAUCGGAAUGAUGAAUACAACCCAUGACAAGGUGUUACCUGUGCCAAACAUGGUGGAUAAAAUUGAGGAAGGUUUCCAUAUGGAUACUGGCUUUGGCAUACCUCAGUUAAACAAUGAAGCUGCUAGAUGCUUACAUGAUCAGCCUGGUAAUCAGAACAUUCAUGAAGCAAAGAACCACUGUGGUGAGAAAACUGAGAAUUUUAAACUUUUCCCCUCGAGCAAUAAUGUAAACAUUUCAGAAGAGGAUAAUGUGGCCCAGGCUAUUUUGAAGGUCCUAAAUGAAAAUUUUCACUUCGAUGGAGAAAUGAAAUCACAAGCUCAUCUCUUUAAGAACCUAUGGCUUGAGGCUGAAGCAAAAUUGUGUUCCGUCAGUUAUAAGUCUCGUUUUGAUCAUAUGAAGAUUGCUAUGGAGUUGCAAAAUUCCACCAGGGUAAAUGAAAAUGUAGCUGCAGCAGAAAAGAAUUCAAGGUUCAAGCAUGUACCUGAUGGAAGCUUUGUGCGGAAAACAAGUGUCUCGAGCUCAUCUGUUUCUUGCACUACACGUGAUAUUCAUGAUGUUGAGGGUUCUAUCAUGGCCAGAUACAAUAUCUUGAAAUGUCGGGAUGGAAAUUCCAAUUCAACAUUUGUGGAAGGGAAACAAGAUUCAGAUGUGGUUCCUACUGGUUUUACCAGUAAAAAGAGUGGUAGGCCCCAUAUAGGUGAUAUGGACAUGCAAAAUUCCAUGGGAGCAAAAGGUGUUUCAGAAAACUCAGCUAUUGCCAAUAGUAUUUCAAGCUUGCAAUCUUCUCCAGAAGCAAAUAUGUAUUCCCCUCUGGCAUCUACUACCCGUGAUAUUCAUGACGCUGAGGGUUCUAUCAUGGCCAGAUACAAUAUUUUGAAAUGUCGGGAUGGAAAUUCCAACUCAACAUUUGUGGAAGGGGAACAAGAUUCAGAUGUGGUUCCUACUGGUUUUACCAGUAAAAAGAGUGGUAGGCCCCAUAUAGGUGAUAUGGACAUGCGAAACUCCAUGGGAGCAAAAGGUGUUUCAGAAAACUCAGCUACUGCCAAUACUAUUUCAAGCUUGCAAUCUUCUCCAGAAGCAAAUAUGUAUUCCCCGCUAGCAUCUAGUGUUCCAGAUGCAGGCAUCCAGAAUUGUUCCCUUUCAUGCUAUACUACUACCCGUUGCAAUGAUGAUCCCGAGAGUUCUGUCAUGGCAAGAUUGAAUAUUCUGAAAGGUCGGGAUGGGAACUUCCAUUCAACAUAUGUGGGAGAGGAGCAAUAUUCGGAUUCAUCACACACAAAAAGCGGUCAGUCAAUGUAUGUAAAACUACCCGAAGAAAAGAUUCUGAACGCUACCAUUUUGCCUCUACUGCAUCAAAGCUCGGGUGUGAGUGAAGUUGGUUCCUAUGCUGCAGAUGGAUCUGGAAAAGAAUCCAUGAAAGAGUUUCAGCUCUCAGUUGCAAAUAAUCCAGUCCAACAAACAAAUAGAAGAGUGAGUCUGGGAUCUUCAACAUUGUAUGAUACUUCUUCAUCGGAUUGGGAGCAUAUACAGAAUGAUGACUUUGCAUGGCAGAGCUGAGCCAUGUUUUCCAUGGCAGUCUGGUCUGAAAGUUAGCUAGUAGUAGUUGUAUAUGAACUUUGUUUGAUUUCACACUCUACGUAUCUGUUGUGUAUUUUGUUGAACGAAUUGGAUGAUAUCAAAACUCUUUUUUUUGUGGGUUUGCAGUUUCUGCUCAGCUCUUUUCAAUA